CCUCCUGCAGAGAAUAAAAUGAUGGGCACAUAUGACCCAAAUUAUCAAACCUUGGCCGGAUUGAACAACGAAGACGUUUUCAAGCCAAAGGGCGGUGGUGGCGGUGGUGGUGGCGACGAUGGUGGUGGUGGAGGUGGAGGUGGCGGUGGUGGUGGCGGUGGUGGUGGUAAGCUAAAUAUAAGACCUCCUGCAGAAAAUAAGAUAAUGGGCACAUAUGAUCCAAAUUAUCAAACCUUGGCAGGACUUAACAAUGAGGACGUUUUCAAGCCUAAGGGAGGAGAGAAGAAUGAAUUAAAAGAGGAGAAACCUGCUCAAUUUUGCACUUACUAA